CUGAAUUUGCACAAAGAAACUUUAAACAAAAAAACAUAGUUGGAAGUUACAAGGCCACAACAGCUGAAGGUGCACAUCAUAGAGGUGUGGAGGUCAGUGAUGGCGGGAAAUGAUGAUACACUUUGUCCUAGCCAGGGAGAAGAUGGAUGUAAUCUGAUGUGGAACACUGGUAAAGAUGUUGCUGAUCAUUCAGACUGUAUACAAAUCAAGUUAUUCGAUGAGCAAACACAGAUGAGCAAACACAGAUCCCGAUUAACUCCUGUGGUGAUGGAUAUUCAAACCAAGAUCGAACUGGUGGAUGAUCUUCUGGCCAAGGCAAAGGAAAAUGAAGCCACAGUCAAGGCAUCAAACAUGAACUUUAAAGCAGAAGUGAAAACGGUUUGGAAGGAGAUGGAGGAGCUUCUAAGAGACUACAGCACAGCAGGGAUGGAGCAUGUAGAGGCCGAGUUAAGACAGAGGGAGGAGGCUUUGGAGACCAGAGUCCAAACACUAUCAGAUAUACGUAAGCAGCUUAAGGAAACAAAGCUCCAGGUUAAAACCUUGUUGGAAGAGCAAGAUGAGAUUAGAUUUUGUAAAGAGAUCCCAGAGGUUGAGAAACUUGUUGCCAGCAUGAUUGUAGAACCUUCAAAAAUUAGAGUGAGUGACAAUGAGGCAAACAUCAACAUGGCCCACCUGUGUGAGGAAAUGGGACAUCGUAAUCAUGACCUCCGUCUCAAACUUGGAGCUGCCCAACGUCGCUUACGAAGUAUUCUCAACCCAUCUGAAGUGACUUUUGACCCUGAAACCUUGCAUCCUUCCCUGUUGCUGUCUGAGGAUCUUAAAACUGUGUCCUUUAGUGUUGUCAAACAGCCUUAUCCAGCUGGGCCACAAAGGUUCACCAGCUACUUUCAAGCUCUAAGCUCACAAAGCUUCUCUAAAGGAGAACACUGCUGGAUUCUGCAAGCUGAAGGUUGCCCAUGGGUUCUGGGGCUGUGCUAUGGGGGGCUGCCCCGUUCUGGUACUGAAAGUGGUAUAGAAAGCAGAACUGGAGCUUGGUGUUUAAUGUGGUACGAUAACCUACUUAGGGCAUAUGAAGGAGGAAAGGAGACGCCGCUCAAGCGUACUCCUUUUCUCCAGAAACUGGAAAUUUGCCUUAGCUUCUGCAAGAAUUGCAUAAUAUAUUCUAGCAUAAGCAAUAUUACUGGAGCUAAAACUCAUCUUCAUACUUUUAACGUGACCUUCACCAAGCCUGUCUAUUUGGCUGUGAGAAUAAUGUCUGGUCAGCCUAAAGCCCGAAUAACAUUGUGUGUCUAACGUUAAAUCUACCACACACACACACACACACAUACAGUGUCCCUCUGAGUUUUUUAUUUCCAUGCUUCUUGUGUUUAGGGAGAUUGAACUCUUCCUGACAAACCACCCUUUACUUUCUGUGCAUUUUUAAAAUACAGUAAAUUCCGUAAAAUAUCCUAGAAUUAAAAUUAUAACAGAUAACACUAUAGUUUAAUAAUAUGAGGAUUGUUAUAAAGUAUCAGUCAAAUAUUAGUCAAAAAUUCUACAUUCUAGAACAACACUGGAGAUUUCAAAACUAUUAAAAAACUUAUACGCCAUUUGGUAUUUAAGUAACAACAACAACAGUCAGUGUGUUUUUUUUGAGACAUGAAGGUCAGCUGGUUCUGAAAUAGUUCUUGCAAGAAUAGAAUUGGCAAAAACCAUCAA